AUGAACGGCCGCUUUAUUCUUUUCUUUGGCCUCAUCUUGGCAGCUUUUUACAUUGAUGCAUCUUAUGCUCGCGCUAUGGAUAUUAGUAGUCAGAAGCUGAACAAUAGGGCAAGUGGAAUUGCUCGACGUAUCUACGACGAGAUGGUAGAACGAGCAGCACGAGAAGUUUCUGAUGAUAUCAAAAAUGAUGAUGAUCAUCAGCAUCACGUAGAACGACGACAAACGAUUCCAUCAGGCAGUUUUCAUGGUGCUUGUUUCUUUGACGAUGCUUUUGGUGCCUGUCCUACUGCUUGCAAAAAAGAUGGUCAUCCAGGUGGUGGAAAAUGCCGCAAUUUUAAAUGUCUUUGCUUUUAA